AACCAUUUGAGCGCUGAAGGCAUUUGUGUUUUUCACUAGAGUAGUGCGCUUGCCGCAUACACAAGCAUUUUUGCCAAUUCAUAUGUCUCCAUUGUUAUCGCAGUAGUUUUUCGAGUAAAUAUAGUUAUGGUAACGCGGAUACAUGUGGCGACUAUCAUUACGGCGCAUCGUCAUUGUGGGCUUCUCGAUUCUCGCCUUGGCGUAUCUGUUCCAGCUGCUGAGUUUCGCAUCCUUUAGCAAUUCCUCCAAUGCCCAGGACGCCAGGCAGAAUGCCGCGGCCAAGCGGCAACUGGGCAAUCCACCGCAAUGGUUUUUUGAUAAAACCAGCAGUCCGCUGACCGCGGCUUCCGAUGAUCAGCUGAGGAGUUUGGCGGGAUUAUCGAACAAGGAGCGAUUUUUGGGAUUACUGCAACCUAUUCUAAUUCCCAGAGUUUCGGGAACUCAGGGAAAUCUGCAAGUUCAACAGUUUUUAAUAACCACGCUCCAGAACCUGGGAUACACGAUUGAACUGGAUAAAUUCGACGAUUCACCACCGGCUCCGCACGCCAGGCGCACUUUUACAAAUAUCAUAGCCACCUUAGACCCGAAUGCGCCGCGACGUCUAGUUCUGGUAUGCCACUAUGAUUCCAAAUUUGAUUCCCGUGGGGAAUUCGUGGGCGCUACGGAUUCCGCCGUCCCUUGUGCCAUGUUACUAGAUCUCGCCACCGCCCUUCGUGGACGCGUUGACAACCGCUCGACCAAACAGGAUAUCACGCUGCAGUUACUAUUCAUGGAUGGCGAAGAAGCUUUCGGGGAGUGGUCGGCGACGGAUUCCUUGUAUGGGGCUCGUCACUUGGCGAAUAGUUGGUCGCGUACGCGCAACCGAUUUGCGCCGGAUGUGGCGUCGAUGAAUGAACUCUCUUCUAUGGAUGUGUUUGUGUUGUUGGAUUUAAUUGGUACUACGGAUACCAAUUUCCGGAAUUUCUUUUCGUCGACGGGUGACUUGUACAAUCAGUUAUCGAAGGAUGAAGAUCGGCUGGCGCAGCUACGAUUAAUUAAACAGUGGGGACGGCUUGAUAAUUACUUCGAUCGCGGUGGAUUUCCUGUUGGAAUGAUCGACGAUGAUCACCGACCGUUCAUGGAGAAGGGUGUUAAAAUUGUGCAUUUAAUUUCGUAUCCGUUCCCCAGUGUGUGGCACAAGUACGAGGACAAUAUUGCCAAUAUUCACUACGAUACGGUGGAUGACAUUAAUAAGAUAUUACGUGUGUUCGUUUGUGAAUACCUUUCCUGCCGAUUUUGAUUCUGUGAUUGUUGAUCGUUUUUCGAUGCAGCUAUUUUAGUGUUUUGAAGGUUUGAGUGUACCAUUCCGUACAAGAUUUCUAUCUUUUAAAGAAUAUAUAUUUCG